GACAGUGAAAUAUAUUCGCCAGUCUCGGUGGUACUCUAGUGUUUUCUAACGUGGACAUACUAUUUCUCAUGCGUAUUUUCGGGCACACACCUAAGCAUGCUGUUUUUCGACUUCUUAUUACGCAUGCGACGGGCGUAGGGUACGUUCGGAGCCAAAAUAGUCAGUUUCCGUGGCAGGCUCGCGUGUCAAACCCCCCGAGCAAAAAGGCAACGAACACGCAACACCGCAAGAGAGAAAAGAAGCGCUGAGCCCGAGGACCAGGAGUUGACUGCCCGCCCGGCCCUCAGGGCUUAGGAGGAAUGGAUGCUAAUUUUAAGCUUCACGGCGCAUGCGUAGCACUGCCUGGAGGACUAAGUAUAAUAAAGAUCGAAGGAUGGGCUGCGCAAGACCGGACAAUACAUAAAUGAAUUCCGCGAGUCUGUGGGCAUGCGUUUUGCUGCCUCCGCCUCCUAACAAACACGGCUGCAAUUCCACCGAUUGGCCAUGUGGUGGCACCAGGGAGCGCCGAAACUAAUUCUUCGCAGUUCCCACACUUGGCCACGAGAGGGCACCAGUGACCGUGGAAACCAUGCCGAUGCAGUUCCGCUGACUGGCCAUGAGGGGGCACGAGAUACCACGGGAACAACUCCCCCGACCGGUUUGACCGGUUCGCCAGGGACUGCGACGGGUAUCCGCUCGUCUCUUUCUUUUGAUAGCAGUGGAAAAAAAAAACACAGGAGAGGAAAGGGGGGGAGAAAGGGAGACGACUUAAAAAAAAACAAGGAAAACUUCGACUCACCCACCAAACUAGUCCUAAGUGCUUACCAUUACCUGCAAAUAAUUAAAUACAUAACCAGGAAAUUGAUCUUGUCACGUCUUUUUUUUUUUUUUUUUUUUUAAUACAUAUACAUACAUAUAUUUCAGCCAGCAUCUGGUGUGAUGAAAAAACAUGGUCUCAAUCGGACAGAUGCGUGCAGCGAAGCGAAGGGUGCCUUGGAACGAUCAACAGAGCAAUGCAAAACAGCCGUGCAACUCUUAUAAGAAACAUCACAGUAACAGCUUCCGUACCUGGCCUCACCCAUCUUAGAUUCCAUCUGGCUCACCCAAGGCUUGUAAAGAUCCAGGAGAUCGGAUUCGAUAUUGAGGAAUUUGUUGUCAGUUCUUUCAUUCACAACCAGUGCCAGGAUCUGCCGCAGGGCAUUCUUACCAUGGGCAGCACGGCUGAACGGUUUAAAUAACAGCAAGAUUUCCAGGCACAGUUUCAAUGAUUUCAGUCUACUUUUGACCUGAAGGAAGAAUUAAAAUGAAGCACAAGGUAUGCAUAUGUCAUCAUGUGGCAUGCUUCUCAGCAUCACCUCUGGGAAACAGAUAAUGGAUUUGUAAUAAUAAUCUCAGUACAGCAGUAACAUAUGUUAUAUAAGAAUAUACAGGAACAUUUGCAAGGAGGCAAGGAACUUUAUGACCUGUGUCUGGGAAGUUCAGCACCAUCUGCCCACAGACACCUAUUUGGCAACUGUUCUAGAUCAAGCUGUACAUUCUGUUCCAGAGCGCAGCUCAAAACUACAAAGGAAACGAAGGGAGUUCUACGUAGGCAGAAGAAAAAGAAUGGUAGCUUUCUUUCAGUACUGAAAAUAAGCAAGUAAGCAAUCAGUGACAGAAGCCAUUCCUAGAAUACCACUACAGGAAACAUAGCAGCAGAGAAGAAAGAAUCCACAUUUCCCUGAACGACUGCUCCAAGAAAAAAGAAGAAUUUCUUUUAGAUGUUCCUUGUUUGAAGGCAGAUACCAUCCUCAGACUUUAAAAGCAUUAAAAAAAAUACAAUGCACAGAGUCAUCUCCUCCAACAAUACAUGUAUUUGGUCUAGGCCACAAGUGGCACAGCUCUGUGUCAUAAAGAACUGAAGUCAUAAGCACCAAGCUCCAAAGCUCCAGCCAAACCAACCAAACGUGCCUACAGACAGACAGAGUCCUUAAUAAGACAGCGAGUAAAAACAUCAAACAAAGCACCUGAUUAUCAGUCUUCUCAGUCUUUUCUGAAAAUCCAGAGGCCUCCCUGUUGGCUCCACCACUGGCCUGUAAAGCUUGAGCUCACAAUCUGUUGUAAGUCCUUGUAACUAGACAGCAAAGAAUUUUGAUUGGACUGAAUUUGAGGAAGCCAUUGUAUUAGAUCAAAAAUAGUGCCUCACUGAGCAACUGGAAAAGAGGCAGCAUCACACUCAUUUUUAAGAAGGAAAGAAAGCCAGAGAGAGCCAGCAAUGUGCCCUCCAGGCCAGAAAACCAACCAUAUCCUGGGCUGCAUCAAAAGAAGCAGGUGAAGGGAGGUGAUCCUGCCCCUCUGCUCUGUGCUGCAGAGGCCUCACCUGGAGUACUGCAUCCAGAUGUAGAGUCCUCAGUGCAGAAGAGACAUGGACCUGUUGGAGCACAUCCAGAGGAUGGCCACAAAAAAAAAAAAAAAAAAAAAAAAAAAUCAGCCAAGGGAUCAAACACCUCUCCUACAAGGACAGGCUGAGAGGGGGGGGGGGCUGUUUAGCCUGAAGAAGUGAAGGCUCCGAGGUGAUCUGGUAACAGCCUUUCAAUACCUGAAGGGAAGCUAAAGGAAAGAACAAGGAAAAAAAUAGGUUAGAUAUAAGGAAAAUAUAUUUUACAGUGAGGGCGGUGAGGCAGUGGAACAGGUUGCCCAGAGAUGUGGCGGAUGCCAUGUUCCUUUCAAGGUGAGGCUGGAUCAGGUUCUGGGCAACCUGAUCUAGCUGCAGAUGUCCCUCUUCACUGUGGGGGAGUUGGACUAGAUCAUCAUAAACAGUCCCUUGCAACUCUAAGCAGUCUAUGCUAUGACACCUGAAGCCAUGAGACACGAUGACACAAAGGUCAUCAAUGGCCUGGUGUGCAAUUAGGGGAGGUGGGGAAGCCUGCAUGCUCAGCAGCUCAAAGGAAACCCACCAAGUACAAAGGGGGGAGCUCAGAGCCCUACAAUACAGAAGGGCCCACCCUACACCCUAAAGGAAGCACUCCCCAGGUUCAGAUGCUGCCCCUACGCUUCCCAGCCCUUAAAUGGGGUCAGGGAGGGGGGGAAGCCCGGCUCAGCCCCACCCCACAGCCAAACUCCCUCAGCUGUGCUCACAGGGCUGCACCCCUUCUCAGGUGCUCCAUCACAGCUUCAGGCCAUGUCCUCACAGUGCCCAUACAGCCACGAAGUAAAGAAUAUGAAUAAAAUGAAUACCUGCCAAGGGAGGUUUAUAGAUGGAUAACCUGUGAUAGCCCACAUAUUUUGAUCCCAGUCUGUCAAUGCCAAUUGGUGAUGCUUCUAACAGACAGGGGAGCACAGAAUGGGAGCUGUUGAGUCACGGCCUAAACCACUGAUCGAUCAGCUGAGGCGAGCACUGAGUCAGCCUUGGGAACACAGGUGAAGGCAAUUCAGAUGUGUGAAUGGAAGGGUGGAGCCUGGCUGCGCCUCUCCUAGACCCCAUUGAAGGUCUGACUGCCCCUGGGGAACGAUCUCUGUUGUGGUUUUGUGACUUUUGUUCUCAGUAUUCCACAUCAGAGCAUCAUGUAAAGCAAUGCGAGUUAAAGAGUUGAUGUUCUGGUUCUGCGAUCUGCCUUUAUGGGCAUUUCGGGUUCUCGCACGGGAAGGGAGGAGCGGCGUCCCCGGAGGAACGCCAGAAGAGGAAGAAAGGCGGAGCUCAUGUGCAGACCGCAGCUGCUCUUUCUCGGUUGGCCGCGGAGGAGAAAGCAUGUACUUUCCCUGUCCAUGCAGCAAGUCCUCGACAACCUCCUGGGCCUCCCCAGCGCCCCGGGUGCUGCUGACCUUGACCUCAUCUUCCUCCGCGGCAUCAUGGAGAGCCCAAUAGUAAGGUCCUUGGCAAAGGCCCACGAGCGACUGGAGGAGACAAAGCUGGAGGCAGUGCGGGAUAACAAUGUGGAGCUGGUGCAGGAGAUCCUGCAUGACAUUGGACACCUGGUGCAGCAGGACAGUGCAGCAGCCGAGCUGGCCCGCAUCCUGCGUGAGCCUCACUUCCAGUCCCUACUGGAGACCCAUGACUCAGUGGCCUCCAAGAGCUAUGAGACACCCCCGCCCAGCCCUGUCCUGGAUCCAACCUUCAACAACCAGCCUGUGCCCCCCGACGCCGUACGUAUGGUGGGCAUUCGCAAGACAGCCGGGGAGAACCUGGGAGUGACGUUCCGGGUGGAGCGGGGGGAGCUGGUGAUUGCCCGCAUCCUGCAUGGGGGCAUGGUGGCCCAGCAGGGCCUGCUGCACGUAGGGGACGUCAUCCGGGAGGUGAAUGGGCAGGAGGUGGGCAGCGACCCACGGGUGCUGCAGGACAGCCUGCGCCAUGCCAGUGGUAGCGUCGUCCUCAAGAUCCUGCCCAGCUACCAGGAGCCACACCCGCCCCGGCAGCGGGACUUGAGUGCUGUGUCCCCUACCCUGCACAUCAGCUGCGUGCUGUCACCCAGAGAGGAACAAAGAAGCACUGUCAGCAAGUCCUUUGGCACAGCACCGCCUGGCACAGUGUGUCCCCAGGCACGCUGCUGCUGCCUGUGUGCACACUUCCUGCCCAGCCAGGGAUUGGACACUGCUGUUGCAUACACAUGCACACGUGUGCCAUUGCAGCUGCACUAUGCCUGGGUGCAGGGCUGUGUCUUUGUGAAGUGCCACUUCGACUACGACCCAGCCUCUGAUAGCCUCAUUCCCUGCAAGGAGGCCGGGCUCCGCUUUGCCGCCGGAGACCUGCUGCAGAUCGUCAACCAGGAUGACCCCAACUGGUGGCAGGCAUGCCAUGUGGAGGGGGGCAGUGCAGGUCUUAUCCCCAGCCAGCUGCUGGAGGAGAAGCGAAAAGCCUUCGUAAAGCGAGACUUGGAGGUGGCCCCCACAUCUGCAGGAGCCCUGUGCAGCAGCCUCAGUGGGAAGAGGAAGAAGAGGAUGAUGUACCUGACCACAAAGAAUGCCGAGUUUGACCGCCAUGAGCUGUUGAUCUAUGAGGAGGUGGCCCGCAUGCCACCUUUCCGGAGGAAAACCCUAGUGCUUAUCGGUGCCCAGGGCGUGGGGCGACGCAGCCUCAAGAACAAGCUCAUCAUGUCUGACCAAGCACGCUAUGGCACCACCAUCCCCUUUAUGUCACAGCACUGUUACCAUCACCAUGUACUGAAUGGAACCCCCAGGGUGGGCUGGCAUUGGGUGCUCAGGGUGACAUUGCGGGCAGACACGUCACGGAAGCCCAAGGACAGCGAGAAAGAUGGGCAUGGGUACCACUUCGUGUCACGGGGUGAGAUGGAGGCAGACAUCAAGGCAGGUCACUAUCUGGAGCACGGCGAGUAUGAGGGCAACCUCUACGGGACCAAGAUUGACUCCAUUCGUGCUGUGGUGAACGCUGGCAAGAUGUGCAUCCUGGAUGUCAACCCACAGGCAGUGAAGGUGCUUAGGACAGCAGAAUUCGUGCCCUAUGUGGUGUUCAUCGAAGCCCCCAGUGCUGAAACCCUGCGGGCCAUGAACCGGGCAGCACUGGAGAGUGGCGUGGCUAUCAAACAGCUCACGGAGGCUGAUGCCCGGCGGACAGUAGAGGAGAGCAGUCGCAUACAGCAUGGCUACAGCCAUUACUUUGACCUGAGUCUGACCAAUGACAACCUGGAGCACACCUUUGGACAGCUGCGUGAGGCCAUGGAGAACCUGCGUGCUGAGCCCCAGUGGGUGCCUGUCACCUGGGUCUAUUAAUGUGCGUGUCCCCUCCUACUUCUGUCUUGGCACACCAUGCUCAGUACCACCACUGUAGGGUGCAGCUUCUCUCUCCCACCUACCCUGUUUUUUUGGUUGUUUGUUGGGGGGGGGGACGGACAGGGAUAUGGGACAGCCCCCCCCCCUGCACUGUGCUGACACAGCUAACUCACUGCCAAAAGUUGCCCUCACUUUAUCCCAGGAGACUGCCACGAUGUGGUCCUUGCCCUUGCCUCAGUUUCUCCAUUCAGGACCCUCCCCUAGGAUGGAGUGUCUACAUCCCAAUAACACCCAGAAGAUCACUACCCUGUAACUCGCUCGCAGUUAACUCUGUAAUUAAUCAUCAUUAAUCAUUCCCACAGGGGAACUACCCUGGGACAGGGACAGAGGGUCUCAGAUACAUGGGCAGGCCUAGCCUGGUGGCUCUGUAUUGCUUCCUCCCUGUCUUCUUUGUCCCCCUGCCCAAGCCUGCAGGGACACAUUGAAGUCCCCAUAGCCCCUGCCCCAGGUUGUCCCUAUGUGGUACUUGGCUGUUAUUAUUAAAGAGAAAGAAGAGAAAAACAGUAA